CAGAUUGCUGCGUAACAAGGGCGGGGUGCCCUUCUCUCUCCCAGAGUGUGCAGAGGCGCCUUCUUGAUGCAGAUUCGGGGCUUUUUACGUUCUUUUUUAAAUCGGCGAAGCAGUGCCCUUCUCUGGGAGGAUGGUCUUAGGGAAGCUGUACGCGGUGCGUGGGAGACACAAGUGAAGUCCUCACUCCGCCCUCGGGGAGGCUUCGGAGUGGGGAGGGGGACCCGCCAAGCUGGGCACUUUGAGGAUGUUUGGAUGUGAAGAUCGGAGAAUUGCUGGAUUUCAGAAGAGAGAAAUUUUUAGUCCGGACUAUAUCACAGUAUGUUUUGUGGAAAAAGGGGAGGCCGCAGAUAAUACAAAGUAGGCUUUUCAGUAUCAGCAAAGGGUGACAAUGAAGAACAAGAAAAAUUACUGAAGAAAAGCUGUACGUUAUAUGUUGGAAAUCUUUCUUUUUACACAACCGAAGAACAAAUCUACGAACUCUUCAGCAAAAGUGGUGACAUAAAGAAAAUCAUUAUGGGUCUGGAUAAAAUGAAGAAAACAGCAUGUGGAUUCUGUUUUGUGGAAUAUUACUCACGUGCAGAUGCCGAAAAUGCCAUGCGGUACAUAAAUGGAACACGUCUGGAUGACCGAAUCAUUCGCACAGACUGGGACGCAGGCUUUAAGGAAGGCAGGCAGUACGGCCGUGGGCGAUCUGGGGGCCAGGUUCGGGAUGAGUAUCGGCAGGACUACGACGCUGGAAGAGGAGGCUAUGGAAAACUGGCCCAGAACCAUGAUGUUGGGAACGGACUGGGUUUAAAAAGGGAGCUUGAAGAUGGAAUGUUUAACAGUCACAGAGGGUUCCUGCAGGAGGUUCCUGUUUUAGCUGUUUCUCAUUUUUUUCCUCAAAUUGUACUUCUGAGGCUCAAGCCUUCACAGUGAGCUCAUGGUUCUACAGAGAAGGGGAGUCUAGGGAAUUUCUUUGGUAUUUAUAAGGCAAGAGGUGAUUUCUCUCUAAUAUAUGUGAGUUAUUGCUCAUUUAAAACUGUUAAGUCUAGUAUAAUUUUCCCUGAUAGGAAAAAUGAAUUUACCUUCUAACUUCCAACAGUCUGUGAAAGUUGGGGCUGAAGUACCUUAGUGCGAAUGUCUUUCAUGUUAAACUAAGUGUAGAAAUCUGAAUUUUUAAAAGAGCUAUAUAACUAGUUGUAAGUGCUUAGGAAGAAAUUUUGCAAACAUUUAAUGAUACACUUCAUUUUUAAAAUUUCUUCACACUGUAAUUUAAUGUAUUUGAUAUUCUUUUGUAGUAAAACGUAACUCAGAUUUCUACAGGAGACAGUGGUUUUAUUUGGAGCGUCUUCUGUAAUAGGUCUUGAUAAAGCUGGGUGAAC